CAACAAAACUUGCAGACGAACUCUGAACACGUGCUCCAAAGGGUCUUGUUCCAUUUAAAAAAUGAUGUUCACCAGUAACAAUGUAUUGGCUUGAAGGAUCACAAGAACAAUCUGUUCCACAGACACCACCAAUAUUCCAUGAACUGAGAGACAGAAGUACUUAUGACUCACCAUUUGCUACAGUUCCAGAUUACAGUGAUUUUGGUUCAAGUCAAAGAAGCCAAGACAGCCAAGAAGCAAAUGUUCCAGGAACACCAGUCAUUCAGUCAACUGUUCACAGUUUUCUUACACCUUCCAUACCAGUAAAUUUGAACAGGAGAUCACACCAUCAUGAAACACCUUUGCUUGAAAUUGUUCUGCUUAGAUCAGCAAGGAAGCAUACCAUUACAAGUUCAGAACAGAUUCCAAGGCCAAUUGAUAGUCCAGGAACACCACUGCUUGAACAGACUGUGCCAUGCACACCUAAGCAAAAUAGUGUUAUAAAAAAGACUUCAGGCAAUUUAAGAUUAUCACCUGUUAUGUCACCAACACCAAACAAAUGUGAAAACCUUAAUAUUUUUAAUGAUGAUGAUGAAAUUUUCUUGAAAUAAAGAAGUAAAUUUA